AAAUUCUGUACAUGUAAAAAGCAUUGCGCAUAUUUUGUUACAAUUUUGAUGAUUACUCGUAUCAAGAUACUGCAAGCAGUUUUAACAGGUUUUAUAUAAUUUAGUCAGCAGAAGCUUCACGUCUUUAAUUGAAAAGUGGUCCGCCAAACUCAGUAGCAUCUUUUGUGCUCUCCGAAAUUGAAUUUACUGUCAUAGCGUUUAUCGCGAUACGUUGACAAAACGCAAGGCAGCCAUUUGGAAAUUUAGCGCUACUGUUAUAUUUACCUUACACGAGGUGAUUUUCAUUGUAAGACUUUGAGUUUUCUUCCCCCGCAGCUGUGAAAGCGCUCGCCGUAUUGAUUCCACUUCAUCUCCUCUAGAAGCCUAAUCAUAUGGGCUCCUGUCGUUCAAAAAUGGCUACGGAUCAACAGGCUUCAGGUCCAAACACAGAGGAACAGAAUGCGAACACGGCUCCAGGACCUCAAAAGAAGGUACAGAAAAAAUAAAAUUAGUAGAACGGCUAUGCCGGUACACUCGAUGGAAUAGAUUUAAUGGUAAAAGAUGAUUGCUUCAGUCAAUUAUACAAGAGUAACCUAAUUACUGACUCAAAAGUUCUUCUUCGAGGCUGGGUUGUUCGAAUCCAACGCAAGAGAGGAUUUUCUUUUGCCCAGGGUUUGUGUUUACUUGAUUUGUAGAAGUAUUCAAGAAUUAUUCAAAGAGAAAACAGUAAUGAAGAAGUCCUCGAUUUUAUCUCGGCACUUGUGUCUUGCUGAUGUCGAACCUAUGGCGGCUUCGUUUUCAUUACGCGUUACAAAAUUUUUCUAAGCAGUUGUUGUGUUUGUCAGAACGAGCCAGUUGUUAAAGAUUCUUGUUAAUAAAUUUGCUGUUUACUGUAGCGGUGUGGAAAUGUGAUCGAUGAACUUAAGAUUGAGGUCCGUAGAUUAGGUUGCAGAGCGACUUAAUCUCUUAUCUGUUGAGGAAAAGGGAGAUUUUUUUUUAAUAGCUCAGUGCUUUAGGUGGUAGAUUCUAUCUUACGAUUGGUGUCAACAGUGGAAUUGAUCUUUCCCGCGAAACUAGGCGAGCGGAAUCAUUUCGUUGAGUUCCUGAGUAAUUUCUUAGUCAGUUAUGAUUCGGUAAUCUUGCCUUUCCUUCUCCAUGUAAGGUUAUCAACAGGUCAUAUAUUUUUUUAGUUGCUUUCGGUCCAAUUCUCCUGUUCCGGUCAUUUGGCCAAGAAUAAAUUGAUAUUACGUUGAUUACGCCAAUGGAAUGUUUUAGUGUUUCUUAUGGUGUGUAUAGUUGUGUAUAACCUCUACGUUAAAAAUACCAACUCGACAUAUCGGUGAGAGUGAUAUGUUUAGAUACCGUUUCCACCUCCAUUAGCUAUGGAAUCAGCAUUAAAAACACCUUGACAUUUCUUUAGCAUUAUGGUGCAAAGAUCGCAGUUGCAAUUCAUCGCUUUAACCGCGGGACCAAUAAUAUUCGUGAACUGUUUAGGCAACCAGUUCUCCUUGUAAAAGAUACUCCUACGUAUACUGAAACAGUAAUAAUCGCCGCACUUUGUAAUAAAAUUGUCAGACUUGGGAGAUCACUAGUGCUGUCACUAUUGCAACAGCUUUUUUAGUACAAAGUGCGAUGGUCUGCUAUUACAAAAUGCGACAGCUUUUGCUAUUACAAAGUUCGACAGUAAAUGUUAAUCAAUGUUCAUACAACAAGGUCGAAAGCGGGUAAGGAAAACGAUGCUUUGAGCGAGCCGGAUUGGCGGAAAACCAACACCUUUCGAAUUCGAGAAAUUAACAUGUCAUUUCGCGUUGUUGAGAUUUUCAGACCAUGAAAAUUGAAUUAUUCAGUGCGUCAUUCAUAAGUAUUACCGGGUUCUUACUGCGCACUUUAAGGUAAUCGUUUGUCUCACAUGUCAACACAUUUAUAGGAUGAUCCGUCCUUGAUCGAUGCCUACGAUGGUAAUAUUUAUUUCGAGACAACUGACGAUUUCUAUAUGGUAUAGUUCUUUCUUAGUCUAAGAGGGCCAAUUCAGUAGAUUUAGCUAGUUAAACAUAUUGAAGUUUUGCAGUGACAUUGGCUAAGAUGUGUAUGUGUAAGUUCGUCUAAGUUACAAUCUACUGAUAAGGCCCCGUGAAAACUGAAGCAACCGACCCAAACAUCGUUAGUAAACUAUAACUGAAAAAUAAACUGAAAAAAAAAACUUUUUACCAAAACCAAUAAAUAGAACAUACAUGACAAUAACUUCGUUAUCUUUAUUUAAUCGUUUCUGGUUUCGUUUUAUUUAUUAUAGAUAAAAUUCAAAUAUUUUCGUUACGGUAAUUACUAGAUUUCUCGUUAUCUUUUCGGACACAUGCACCAAGGCUUUUCAUGUCUGUUUUCUCUCCAUUAGUCCUGAACUCUUUCAAAAUUCCUGCCGAUGAUUUUUUUGUAAGCUUCUGCAAGUGUCUACUUUCACAUUAGGCGAAAGUCCUCGGCAAGCAUCAGUCAAAGGACCUGUUGAAUUGACAGAGAUGUUAUUUUUGUUAAGUGCGUGACGUCAAGUCACGUUAUCGCAAGGUCUGUUUUCCUCAAAAAGUGUAUCUUUUUCUUACUAUUCCUGUGGCUGACUGUUCACAAAUGUUUUUCUCAAUUGAAUAAUCAAUAGACAUUUUAGCCAAAACACCGGUGUUUGUGAGUGCCUCUGUGGUGGACAUUUAAUUAAAACUGGGCACAUUUAAUAAGUUUACCACCAUAUUUGGUGUUAAAGAUUGGACAGAUUUUAAAAUAUAUUCCAUAUAAUUACUAUCGCAUCAGUUUCCUUCAUCUAGUCAGACAUCGCGAGGCAUUCAGAGAUCUGUUGCGAAAUAUCUGUCCAACAAUGGCUUCAAAUCCACAAAAUAAGGUAGCAAAGUAACACUAACUUAAGUUUUGACAUUUGUCUCACAAAAGAAAGCUACAAGUCGGUUUUUCGGGAUCGGUUUGCCGCCUAAGUAACAGCUCAAGUCCUAAUUUCCUCAUCUAGUCGAAUAGGGAAGUUUUUCACAAAUCUAAAGCAAUGGAUUGUACCUGUUUCAUAUUUGGUCAUUUUGCAAUUGUUUUUGAAAAGUUAAUAUACGUUUAUUUUAUUCGAAAUUUUAGUAAAACUCACCAACUUUUGGUUACAAAUAGCGAGGGAGUUAAUUUGUUUUGUUUUGUUAUUAACUGAAUGCAAAUCUACGUUGUCACGACAUUAUUCAGGGAAUGCCAUGAAAAGCGUUCGAUGCGGAAUUGCUGGGUAGUUUACGUAGCCAAGUAAUUAUCUCUUCCUGCCCAAGGAAUCCAUUUAUAUAGCCUUGUGCCUUUCAUGCCUCGCUAUAGACCUCGGUGUCUCUUCGAUUCAGUGGAUAAAAAUAUGAUUAUGGCCUGACGUGAUCGAUCAAUUUUGCAUGGGUGCCUCCAGAUUGAAAAAUUUAGAAAAUUUUUUAGCGAUUUAUUUUGCUAGUUCCUAUCUUUUGAGGUCCUCAUGAGUGGUAAUCGGUACAACAAAAUGUAUUAGUUAUUUUGGUAAACAGAGACGCUCGGUUUCAUUUCUUAUCAUCUUUGUGAUCACUAGAAUCAGACUGUUUGAAGGUUCAAUGAUCCGUAACAUAUGGGGAUCAUGCGUAUUUAAGUGUUUAAAAACUGUCUGCCUUAGCGAUCGGAGUCAUUGAAUCAGAGCGGCAGGAGAUGCCUCAUCGAAAAUAUCUCAGCCCAUUUUUUUUCACAGUCCACAAUUAUUACAGCAGAGAGUCCACAUUUUUGCAGAAUGCAACUUUCGUAGUGAAAAUCACAAAUAUGGGAAUUUGUGUAUUUUGCUAUUUAAAUCUCUCUGAUGGGUAACUACGCUACUCCACAAUUCAAGCAUAAACAUAAUUUUGUGGAAUCCAGGAAUACAUUCGGCUUAAAUAUGUAUCCCAUGUCAACGUAUGAUUAAAAACGUCCUAAACAAGAAACAAUGCAAUCAAAUCACUUUGAAAUUAUCUCCUGCUUCCCGUUGGGUGCAUCCGUUCCUUAAAAAUUGCAGAGCGAAAUGUCUUAAUGCAUGUUGCAUUAGCAAUUAAUUAUAAAUAUUCUUAAAAGAUACAAUAUAUUGUUUUACAGGAUGGCAGUCAAACUAUCGUCCAAGAUAAGACCAUGAAACUGGGAGACGACAUUAACCUGGCUGAACAAAAUGAUGUCAAGCUUGAUCCAAAUCUCGAAAAAAACGAAUAUCCUGAUUUAUCUGGAGCGCACUCACUGAUGGCUAAAUACCUCACGAGGGAGAUUUUCGAGAAGCUGAAGGACAAAAAGACUUCCACUGGUUUUACCAUCGCUCGAGCUGUGAACACCGGAGUGUUAAACAAGGAGAAGUCAUUGACUGGUUGCCAUGCCGGAGAUGUUGAUUCUUACACCAUAUUUGGAGAGUUCUUCGAUCCCCUCAUUGAGGAGUAUCACCGCGGGUUCAAGCCUUCCGACAAUCACGUGACUGAUAUGGACCACACUCAUCUGAAAGGCAACAUCACCGACCCAUCCAAGAUCAUAUCCACAAGAAUCAGGGUGGCAAGAAAUAUUUCUGGCUUCAAUCUGGCUCCUGGACAGAAUUCCAAAGAGGAAAAGCUGCAAAUAGAAGCUUUGAUGCUGCAAGUGUUUGCCGAGCUGAAAGAUGAUUUGGCCGGGCAUUAUUACUCACUGGUCAAAAUUAGCGAGGAGGAGAGACAGGAACUUGUCAGGGAGCACUUGUUAUUCAAGGGCAAUGACAAGAUGCAAGCUGACAGCGGAUACCAUCGAUGGUGGCCACAUGGACGUGGAAUCUACCUGAAUCAUAAGAAGACCUUCGCUGUGUGGCUGAAUGAGGGGGACCAUAUCCGUGUCAUUUCCAUUCAGCAAGGUGGUGACGUGUCCUCUGUAUUUACAACACUAGUCAAAGGGGUAAAUACAAUCGAGAAUCUCCUUAUGAAGUUAGACAACAGGAGCUUUCAAACAACAGAUCACCUUGGCAUGAUCACAUGCUGCCCAACAAAUCUCGGAACUGGUCUGAGAGGCGGAGUGUUAAUUCAACUACAGAAAGUUGUGGAGAAGAUGGGUGAAGAGGGCCUGAAGAAAUGGUCUCAUGAAAACCAUCUUCAGGUGAGAGGUCUGUACGGAGAGCACUCCGACACCACAAGUGCUAUCUAUGACAUCUCCAACAAGUACAGGCUUGGCUACUCAGAGGUCCAGCUCGUUCAGUUUGUGAUUGAUGGUGUCAACCAGCUGAUAGAAAUGGAAUAUCAGUAAGCUGUGAACUUGUCCUCCUUUCAACUACUUUGAUUAAGUUUAUUAAGAGUGUGGUGCUAGCAAAAUGAACCAGAACUGUUAGGAGAGAUUUGUUUCACUAGAGUGUUAGAAAACCAUUUGUUGUUUUCCUAAGAAUUAUAAGGCUGACAAGAACGGAGUUUUGGAUCAAUUCAUAAUUUUGUCAUUGCAAGGUUCCAUGAUGUUUCUGAGAUAUUUGUAGGCCCUUGGGCUUUCCAACAAUUGUCCUGAUUUUCAUUCUGGUGCCUUGGUAAUUGUGUGGUAUUAGGUCAGGCCAACGUGUGUAUACUGUGUGUUACGUUACUUAUGUCAGUCAUUUGAUGUAGGGUAAACAAUCGCGUGUUACUAAAAUAAAUGCGUAAUCUUGCAAUUUUCACUGCACGACCAUUUAGUCCGCCACUCGUGAACACGUAGAAGAAAGUAAAAUAUGAAAUAGCCGCCAACAACUUCACAAUUUAUCGGUUCAUCGGUAAAAUCGAGAGAGACCUUGGACCUUUCGGUUUUUCCGUGUAAAUUUUGUCUCCCAACUCCCCUAGGGGAGGGUAAGACUUUUGCCCAUGUGUAUAUUUGAUAGAGUACAACGUUUGUGGCCUUUUCAUCGUAUUUAUGAACCAGUCUUAAGAUCGCAAAAUG